CUGGGGGUUUAAGCAAAAGGUUGGGUGGCUUUAGAGGGUUUUGCAAUCAAAGAAGUUUAGAGAGAGAGAGAGAGAGAGAGAGAGAGAGAGAGAGAGAGAGGCUUUUUAUUUUAAUUUUUGUCUGGGAUAUUUAGAGAGAGAAAGAGAGGAAAUGGAAAUGGGCAUCCUUUGAAACAACAAUUUAUUUUGAGAGAGAAUUAUGGGAUAGAAAAUGAGAGAAUUGAAGGGAAAAAAUGAGGGGAAGUGUUGUGUGAAAGAAAAGGGGAAUUGGGUUUUCGUACUUUUGGUUUUUGAUCUCUGCAUUUACUUCAAAAUCUUGAGAAUUUCUCUUUGUAAGGAUAAAGGUUUGAUCUUUGAACCAAAAUACCAUUGUUAAGAGUUAGGUUCUUAUUACUGGUUUGGCAAGGUUUGCAUUUCAAAAUUAUUACCUGGAUUGUUGUUUCUCCAUAUCUGAUGCGUCCUUCCUGGUAUGAUCCCUGAGAUAUGGUGUUACAGAAGAGGUUAGACUACGGAUUCAAUGGCUAUCAGGUUCCUCCUACACCUCGAGCUACGAGAUCAGUUAGGAGGAGAGGCUCCUUCAAGAAGAAAGUUGAAGAGAGUCAAACGUGUGCAUUUGACUUAUUGGCCAUUGUAGCUGGAAACUUGUUGCAUGACAAAGAAAGUACUCCAGGUUCUAGUAAUACAUCAGCUGACAAAAAUCAGUGCGUGGCUGUCAAUGAUACUGUUAAAAAUAAAUGGCAAAAUGAUGAGAAAAAUAUGAAAGUUGAAACUCAAGAUCAAGGAAGCCCUGCCAGGAAAUUUUUUAUUUCUGAGCUUGUCGCACAAGAUAAUGAACAAAAUCAUUGUUCUGAUGACCUCAAUUUAGGAGUAGCGUCUGCAUUGGCAACUUCUGAUUGUGCAGAGAGAUUUGAUGCUGAGAAGUUGGUGAAUGGAAAAGGCAAGAAUGACAUGGGGUCAUUUGCUAGUAAGGUAGAGGUAGGCUCUUCUAGGCAUAGGGAGUUUGAUGGUUGUAAAUUAGAGGGUGAAACUAAAAAAAUAAUAAAAGACGAGCCCCAGAAAUUUGGGAAGGUGAUAAAUGGCACUGUGGCUGAUAUGUGCAGUUUUGAUGAUCCACUGGUCUGGGAUGGGAAACCUCAUGCACAUGUCAGUUCGGACAGUAGUGCCAAGACGUCUUUGUGUGGAAACCAUGUUUCCCAUGGCUCUUAUCCCGCAAAUUGGGAUGAUCUAAUUGUAGAUAGAGAUGAUGACGAAAACUCUUCUGGGUGUACUCACCCUAGCACCACAAAAAAAUUCUUGAGGCCAGCGCCACGUAUUGGAGAUCGAAGAAUAAGGAAAGUUUUGGCUUCUAAAUACUGGAAAGUAGCUCCAAGGAUGAAGGAUGGGACAUUGUCUAAUACAGUGGAAUUUCUGUGGGUGCAUGCAGGUGGUGAUUCAAAGCCUUUUUACCACAAAAGGAAAAACUAUUACAAAUAUCAGAGGUCUGAAAGGUUAUAUCCUUUCAAGAAGAGGAAACACUUUGGCUAUGGUUCGCAAUCAAAUUUUGAAGGAGCAAUUAGUAGAGAGUUCAUUUCUGAUUCACCCAAGAAGGGCAGCAUUGGAGAUGCUGCUGUUUCCUCUCCAAAGAUGCAUGGAGCUACUGCAGCCUCAUCUUCAAUUGCAGGUCAACGCAAUUCAUUCCAAUCAAGGGAUUCUCAUGUGAAGCUUAGGAUAAAGUCUUUCAGGGUACCAGAGCUAUUUAUUGAGAUUCCAGAAAGUGCAACUGUUGGUUUAUUGAAGAGGACCGUUAUGGAUGCUGUGAUUGCUAUACUUGGAGGUGGAUUGCGUGUUGGCGUACUUCUUCAGGGGAAGAAGGUUCGGGAUGACAAUAAAACUUUAAUGCAAACUGGAAUUGCUCACAAUAAUCAGUUGGAUGCUUUGGGUUUUAGCCUGGAGCCUAAUCCUUCUCAAACUCCCCAUUCUUUGAGCCCUGGAUCUUCAUCCUUUCUGCCUUCUUGUGACACACCACAGCCUUUAAGCAGGUAUCCACCUGAUCCAAGUUUGGUGCAUCAAGCCACAUGUGGUGGUUCUCCUGAGCCUCAUUCAGCUAAUUUAGGGAAUUUCAUUGAAAGUGACCAUGAUUCAGCACCCUUUCCUAAAGAUAUGUUAGUUGACAAAAGCACAAGUGACUCAAAAGCUCUGGUUCCUUUAUCAGAAAUGAAUAUGGAGGCACUAGCUGUGGUUCCUGCACAUCGCAAAUCAAAGCGAUCUGAGAUUGUGCAACGCCGAAUUCGUCGACCUUUCUCUGUUACUGAAGUUGAAGCAUUGGUGCAAGCAGUUGAGAAACUUGGAACUGGAAGAUGGCGUGAUGUCAAACUGCGUGCCUUUGACAACGCGAAGCACCGAACUUAUGUGGAUUUGAAGGAUAAAUGGAAAACACUUGUGCACACGGCAAGAAUAUCCCCUCAACAAAGGAGGGGAGAGCCUGUCCCCCAGGAGCUGUUGGACAGGGUCCUGACUGCUCAUGCAUACUGGUCCCAGCAGCAAGCCAAGCAGCAGCUCAAACAGCAGCAGCCGGAGACUUGCCUUCUUCUGUGAAGAGAUGGCAAGCAGACAGGCUAGUUGUGUUUUUAGAGAAGGAAAUUCUGUGUAUUUUUGUUAUUAUUGUGUAAAAAGUUGGUGACAUGAUGACAAAAGGGAGAAAUAGAAAGUGGGCUUGAAGAUAUCAGCUUUAUUGUAAUAUUGUUUCUUGGCGCUCAGCCGUGAUUCUUUUCCUGCUUGGAGAGGUGCAAUGGCUUUUGUAAAUGGUGAUGGAAUAAUAAGAGCUUUGCUAACGGGAUUCAUCUGACAAGAGAUAUAUUGUUCUUUUAUCUUUUCA